GUCAAUAUUUUAUAAAUAUAUAAAUUUAAUAAUUUAUUAUUUUAUUAAUUUAUAUAUUUUCAUAUUAAAUUUUUUUAAUAAUUAAGUAUUGAGUUUAUCAAAAUUAAUUAUCUUUUAGCAUUUUCUAAUUUUUUUAAAUAAUUCAAUAAUUCUAUAUUAAAAAUGUGAUUCUUAAUUUUUCGGAAUAGCAUAAAUUAAUAGCAGAGCGCGUGAGAGGAAACCAGAUGGUUAAUGAGCUUCCACGAAAUCCUCAAUAUUAUCGCUUCUCAGGUCGAAGUUGCCCUUCAAAACUUGGCAAAUUUGCGGGCGUGCCAUUGUUGACGUGGAAGAAUAAAUCCUCGAAGGUUUCUACUUCGUUAUCUCUAACAGCCUUAUCGAUGGAAACGCCUCCUCAAGGGUACAGAAAGAGUGUUCGAAUUUGUCUCGUUAAUGCCUCCAAAAAGGGUGGUGCCGAUGAAUGGGAGGACCUUAGAUUUGCAGCAAUGAGAGAACUAAGGGAAGAAACAGGAGUUACUUCAGCUGAGUUUCUUGCAGAGCUUCAUGGCAUUCAACUGUCCACAGCAUUAGGCUUGUACACCAUGAAUGAUGCAGUUCCAGUAUAACUGAAUGCCAAUGCCUUUCCUGCUGACGUUGGUGGGGAGAAUGCUAUCUGAGAUUGUUGCAGAGUAAAACCUAUGCAAAAACUUUUCCUGCAUAGGUUGCAGAGAAAAAUAAGUGAACCAACCACUACUUAUGUAAACCAAAUUGCAAACCAUAAGCAACUUGAACAGUUUUUCAAUCAUUGACAAGAUAAAUGGAUAUGGGUUCACUCCCUUGACCAGAAAGAAA